GCCUGUGGCGCAGUUCAGCAUGGAGCCGCAGAGGGAGAAGCCGCCGGGACAGGAGCAGGAGGAGGAGGAACCGACCCAGGAUGAUCUCCCCAAUGAGCGCGUGACCAUGCGCCUCCGGCAGCUGAUCAGGGAACUCUGGCCAGAGAAGAGCCUGCCCGCGAGCUCAGAACUCAGCGAUCACCUGCAGCGAGCCAGCGCCAAAGGCGACAACUACUUGGGCGUGGUGUGGCGCCUACGCGUGCCCCCCGAUCGCAGCCUGGUGGUGAAGCUGCCGCCUCAGAACAGCGUCCGGCGCAAGCAGUUUUUCGCCAGGCCGUGCUUCCUGCGCGAGUCGCAGGCCUACGAGGAGUUCCUGCCCCUCGUGGAGGAGCUGCAGGACCGGUGGGGCGUGCCCGAGGAGGAGCGCUUCCGGCAGCACGCCCGCUGCUUCCACACCUGCCGCGACGAGCCCGACGAGUGCAUUGUACUGGAGGAUCUGUGCCGCUCCGGCUUCCAGCUACACGACCGCUUCAGACACCUACCCCUCCAGCAUGUGGCGCAGGUGAUGCGCGCCUACGGCAAGCUGCACGCCGUCUCCCUGGCGGCCAAGCGCCAGUGCCCCGAGAGGCUGCUCCCCUUCCGCCAAAUGGUAGACAUCUUCGAGCAGCGGCGGGACGACACCGCCCUCGCCUCAUACUUCGAGAACCUCAAGGAGAGUGCGCUCAGCGCUCUGCUCUCCCCGGCGGAUGACGCGUACGGGGCGCGGCUGAGGGAGUACUUCUCGCGGGGAACCUACUUCGACCUGCUCCUGCCCCUGAUCAACGGCACCAACUGCGAGCCCUAUGCCGUGGUCUGCCACGGCGACUGCUGGAACAACAACAUCAUGUACAGGCUCUGUCCGCUCGAUCUCCGGCUGAUCGACUGGCAGCUGAUGCGCUAUGCCUCCCCAGUAACGGAUCUGGCCUACUUCCUAUUCACCUGCACCACGCGCGCCUUCCGCCAGAGCCAUCUGCAGGCCAUGCUCGAGGAGUACCAUGUCCAGCUAGGCCAGCAGCUGACGAGACUGGGUGAGUCCGUGGAGCAGCUGCUGCCUCGAAAGGCUUUUGCGGAGCAGCUACGUGCCAAGGCGGCCGUGGGCCUGCUCCUCGCCAUGAUGGUGCUGCCGAUAGUGACCAUGCAGGGCCAGGAUGUGCCCGAUCUGCAGGCUAUCAGCGAUAUGAUCGAAGCCGGCGGCAGCACUAACCUCCAGGGAGCCGGCUUCCUGGGCACCGGCAACGAAGAGCUCUACAAGCGACGCAUGCGCGAGGUAAUCCUCGACUGCGUUGACAGCGACUAUAUCUAGGAUGGCUUACCUUCUGCUGCAGCUGGAGCUGGUGGGCGCGCGCCAUAUUCAUCUGCUGGGGAUUGAGGCGCAGCCGCUUGGCGCUCUUGGCGAAUCGGAGCGUGGAAAUGGUCUCGGUUAGGUCGCAGCUGUGCGGACUGAUGCACGCGAGGAAGGUGAGGUACGACUGCGAGGUCAGCGACUCUGCGGAUGAGACAUUAAAGAUUAUAAUCAGA